AGCAGCAGUUUAUUUUAAAGUAGUUUACUUGUAACACUUAAAAAAUAUUUUUUAUUUUAAAGCUUUUCAUACUCUUUAAAUGCUUUAAAGAAACUUUUGGGAAAAAAUUCAGGAACAGAAAAUUUUAUUAAUUGACCAAUCAAAACAUUUUUUGAAAUGUUUUUGUAACAUUAAGUGGCCUUGCACUCAGUCUUACUAUUGAUUCGAAAAUAUAAAAACUGAAAGAAGAUACAUCUGAAUACAUACUUUUAAAGUUAUUUUUUAAAUGUUUUUAUAUACACGAAUUAAAAAUCAGCUGUCAUAUUUUAUUUUGCUGUCGCAGAAGAGAAAAUCUGGAAAUUUAUUAUUACGUCAUACUGCUCGUAGCAUAAGCACUCGUUUUAUUAGCAAUUCGCGACAUGGUAGCACGGGAGCCUGUUGACCUCCUUGAAAUCAACUGACGAUAAGCGUGUCGAUUAUGUGGUAUAUAUAAUUGCGGUGAAAAAACCUUUUCUGAGAGAUAUAUAUAUAUAUAUGUAUGUAUGUAUGUAUGUAUACGUAGGUUGAUAUAAUUAUGCGAUAAUCAUAUCAUGAUUCAGUUUUUUAACUUACUCCUUUAACGCGAAGUACUUGUUAGAAUCAUCGCGUGAGUCACGACAUAAAUGUCGAGAAAUAUUGUCUAUUAGCGUUAUAACUUAAAAUAUAAGGGUUUGUCUUGUAACGUAUAGGACUAUAAUGUGUAAGAACUGAUUAGUGAAUACAAACUGUAUAUGCUCUUUUUUUUUUUUUUUUUUUUUUUAGAAUUGAGAGAACUACACGUAACAUAUAACUUGAGUUCUAUCUCUGCAAGUGAAAAAUAUUACUUCUUCCUUUUAAUUGUCAGGAUCAACUUUUUCAUAAUAUUUUUCUUUUUCUGUCGUGAGAUUUUUUGAUCAACUUGCGAGAAACGAAAUGUUCCAACUAUGCAUGUAAUAUUUGAAUUAAAUGUAGAAAGCAGAAAGUUAGAAAAGUUUUUACAUUGCAAACGAAUUAAAAAUUUUGUAAACUAAUAUUUUUUUCUCAGUUUAUUUUUUUUCUCAAUUUAUAUAACAUGUCGAUACAGUUUUAAAUCCCCGAUCUCUACAGAUUCUAUGCAUGCUGGGGAUUUGAAGAGAAGUGAUUUUUCAAGCAUUUUUUUUACUUUGAAUUAAUCUAUAGAUGAUAAACGGAAGAAGUUUACUUUUCUCCUUAGCUGCGUUUAAAAACAUCAUUCGAUGUCCCCGGGUAUCCCCACUUUAUUCUUGUUUAACAUUCGAUGAGCAAUAAGGAUAAAAUGAUACCUGAGGACACUCGGGUGAAGUUUCUGAACGUAGCCCUUAUAAGACAAAGAGGACUGGAGCCCAUGGAGCCCAUAAGACACAAAUAUAUCAACGUAGCGUAAACCACUAAACCAAAUAAGCAUCCUGUGUAAAUUAAUAUGGCGACUCUACUGAAUGCUCAUUGAUUUAGCAAUCUUAUAUUAUGAUUAUGCGACAAUAUGCAUUUCGUCGUCUUAUUAGUCAAAGAAUGCCGUGUUUCAUUAUUCAUGCUUUGUAGCAAGAUUUAAAGUUAUUGGCUGACAUGUUCUUGUCUCAGGUGGACCUUUUGGCAAUUAAUAAAUAAAUAUAGAAGCAACCAAGAGUUUUUUGAAUGCAACGAUUUUGUAUUCUUAAAAUCGACUUUGUGUUUUUUUGAAAAAUAUGGUUAAGACAUAGAAGAGAAGAGAGUAUCGAUAUGAAUUAUUAGUGUUUCGUAGCAGUGACAAGUGAAAAUUGAGAAUCUAGAACUUUCUUUGGUGUCUGCGAAGGAUCAAUAUCACUAAUAAAUCUGGUAAAUAAAUCUUACAUUACACAACUUUGAAAUCACUGAAUAAUGUUAACACAAAUUAAUGUUAAUACAAAUUUCUUUUUUUCUUAUAAAUUAAUAAUUUAUUUGCUACAACUGUAGGUGUAUAUGUGUGUGUAAAAGAAAAUGUAAAAAAAAAUGGUUAAAAAAAGCUAGAUAUCCUUGUAAAGCCCAUUCUACAAUGACAAUAAUAAGAGAGCAAACUGCUUAGUGAAGUAAAGGGCGAGAACAACACAAUGGGAAUUGUUCAUUUCGUUAAUCAUCACUCUGUACUUCUUACUGCCAUUGUAACAGAAGUUUUUCUUUCGGUCUUUACUUCGAAAUAAGAGAGUAAAUAAUGAUCAUUAAAAACAGGUAGUUUACUCUGUACUCUUACAGUCUUACAUGUACAUCUACUGCCAUUGUACUGUCAUUGGAUUUUAGAGUCUAGUAUGCAUCAUCAGAAAACAUUUGCAUUUCGCAGAACGUAAAUUGCCAAAUAACAGUGUAAUAGCACCAAUAAGAAAUAAGCACAGUUUUGCUCACUUUUUUGUGAUGCGUCUUUGAAAUUUCGAUAUUGGUGCAACAAGUUUCGCGUUCAUUGACACGGGGCCAUCGACGCUAACAAAAAGACGAUAAAGAGCAACGACGGAGAUGGCGAGAGGACAUUGGGACACGGAGGUCGUCGGCGUCGGCGGCGGCGGCGGCGGCGGCGGCGGCGGCGGAGGCGGCGACGGCGUCGAGGUUGCGCGGCCACUCGCCGUCGGGACGCCAUCGUCGAAGGACGCAUGAAUAUGUAUACUGCUGCCGGAGCCGCUGCGAUCUUUGUGAUUUAACCGAAUCAAUUUCGUUAAGGAGAUUCGUCCGCGAUCCAUAUUUACGCAUCAAUAAGAACGUCGCCAUGAUAUCGCGAUAACGAUAAUGAUAAUGCUAAUUACAUAUUAACAAUCGUGCCGUAGUGUCAGUGAACUUUGGUAAACUUGAGUGCUUCCUUCUUGGAUUCUUACUAUAAGAUUUCUAUGGUGCCGUCGACGUUAAUCGAAUCAAGUUAGUACAAAAUGUGUGUGUGUGUGUGUGUGUGUGUAUAUAUGUGUGUAUAUGUGUAUAUGCAUACACAUAUAUACAUUUUAUGCUAUAUAUAGCAUAAAAAAGUUAAAAAUUUAAACUGAGAUUUUAUAACUGGUUUAAUUUUAAUUUUAAUAUGUUUAACGUAGUUAUAUGAUUCAGAUGUAAUUUUUAUCGAUCAAGAUAAUUGUUGGCUUUAAUUUUUAUUAUUAAAAAUUUUUUUUUAUUAGAGAAAGAGAGAGAGAGAGAGAGAGGCAGAGAAAGAUGCAACUUUAUAUAAUCUAGUUUUUUCAAAAAUUUGAAUAACAAAGUCCAAUUUUUUUCUAUCAAUUUAAAUUGAAUAGCACCGAAGAAAAUAAACCUUACUCUUGAAAAAGUCAAUUUCUAUCCAUUUUGAGAAAAUUAAAAGAAAACAUGUGUAUUGUGAGAAACCCUCAAAUUUCUAAAAUUAAAGCAAUACUGCUUUUUAAAAAAAUAAGACAUUUUUUUCAAUUAGUCUAAUAAAAUGUAUUACUUUUUCUUUUGUGUAAUUUGAUAUUUUAAGAUAAACUAAUAUAAAUAACAACAUAGGAUUAGAAUUAUAACAUGCUAUACAAGUUCGAGUAAUUUUUAUACAAGGAUUUGUUUUUUUCUUUUGCAAAAAAUAGUAAAAUUACGGAUGCAGUAAUAUAAUAUGAUUUAAGAUUCAGAAUAUUUUAAAGUCUAAAAAUUUAUAUUUUCAAAAACAAACUAAUGUUAUUUUACAAUUAUUACAUUAUUAUAUAUAUAGACUUUUUUUUAACGAUUUAUUGACUAUAUAUAUUAUAACGAUUUAUAUCAGCAUCAACUAUUGAUUUAUUAUCUUUGUAUAAUUGGCGGAAUAGUCGCUAAUAUCCUGGAAAUUAAACGAGAUGAAAAACGAGCAUAUCAAUCAUUGCGGAAAGCAACCGAUGCUAUUUUGUAUUCGAGACUGAUGUGUCACGCACGGUGUGUCUCGUGCAUACAGCGAGAGGUAAUUGGAACUGUUCGAGUUAUGUUGCGGCUUUGUACAAUUUGACACUGUAUAUGCGUGAUUUAAAAUUCUUACACAAAUUUUUUAUAUUUCCACAAAAGUAUGCAAAAUUACAAAGAUGCUGUGUGAAGCUUGAGUUGACGAUUAGAUAAGUAAUAUUAUCGAGAACGCGUGCGAUAAAAGAGGAACAUAUAUAAAAUUCGUAAAUUAAGAAAAUAUUAUGAUUUUAGUAUGUAUAUUAUUGCUAGUCAUUCGUAACAAUAUCGUAAUAGUGGACUAGUGAAGAGAUGACAAAUAUAUGAGAGUUGACAAAAUUAAGGGAUGUGGUACAUCAUAUCUCUUAAUUUUGUCAACUCUAAUAUCUCGCAUCAAAUAUACUAUUCGAGUUACUGAUUGAUGGACCUGCAGUGGGAGCUGCAGUUACGAAUUGCGAAAUAAAAAUGGCCAAUCGAUCGGGAAUUCUCAACUAUCACGCAACACGUGAUCGACUGACCAACACCUAUAGCGUUCUCAAAGUGGCGUUUAUGCUUCCAUGUUUCCAUAUAAGAAUUCUUGAAAUAUCAUAAAAACAUCGCACGCUCCGCUAACAUUCGCAAUUAGAUGGAAUCGAUGUAAUUUUCCAGAAUUCAGUCAAUGUAUAUGUUUAUAUGUCGGGAAUAUAAAGUUCUAUUUCGUUUUUAUAAUAAUUUUUAUUGACAUAUUGAUAAUUUUAUUUAUAUUUGAUCUCGUUACUCUAUUUUUUAUUAAUAUAAUUAUUUCUUAACAUCAAAUUUAUAAUUUUUAUUUGAGUUGUAUAUCGUAAUAGUAAAGAUUCAGAAUUGGUUAAUCCGUUAAUGGUUUACAAUUAUGUACAGAUGUUUCUGUAUUUAGUUGGGAAUAAAUGGAAUAGUAAGUAAUUAAUAUUUGAAUAAGUAUUUUUUUUAUUUUAUUCUAACGAUCUAUUAAGUCAUUUAAUAAAUUAUAUACACAAACGCACACACACACAGAUAUAUAUUUUAAUAUUUUAUUUUAUAAAUUUCAGUUUCCUUACACAUCUUAAUUUUCAACUUUGUAAUAAAUCUGUUUAUUAUGUUGCAGAUAUUGUUUGUCUUGACUGUAUAAUUUAUUAAGUCAAUAAGCAAACUAUUUUUCAAUCGAUUCUUGUCAAAGAUCUGGAUCUUCUCUAAUCGUAAGGCCGAGUAAGGACGUGCGAAAGUGGCGGCGGCCUCUCCUUGCGAAUGAUCGAGACUGGAAAUCAGUCAGAUUUGCAUGUCAAUAGAUUAGACCAGCAAAAUGAGGAUCUCCUCGUAGCUGGUAACGGUAACGAGAUUGACGGCAACAGCAGAAAUCAGGUUGGUGAGCAAGCAGCUGUUGCGACGACGCAGGUGGAGGACGCAGGUACAAUGAGAAAAGAGGAACAAGAAUCGCCGCGGAUUCACGAGAAUUCGUCGAAGGGCGGUAUCGCCGCGAGCGUCGGGACGCCCACAACGGCAUCGGCAAUGCCGGUGGAUGACGAAGAAGAGGAGGAGGAGGAGGCGGAGGAAGAAGAGGAAGAGGAGGACGCCGAAGAGGAAGAGGACGGAGACGUGGAAGGUAGUGGAACCGUAGUGGAGGGUGGAAUGACGACGCAAGAAGAGGUCGGGGGUGUGUUAGUCGGUGGUGAAAGUGGGGGUGGAGGUGGCAUGGCCGGCUACUGGAGGCAGAGUAGACCCUCCAGUCCCCGCAUGCCGCCUCCGGAGCAGUCGGAGCAGCCGAGCCGACCCAAGAGCCGGCACGAGCUACAAAUCGCGAGAUAUAACAACCUCGGCUACUGGCGAGCGAGAAGAGUUACCUUUUACAAAAAUGGCGAUCCCUACUUUCCGGGGGUGGAGUUCAGAUUCAAACCUGGCCGUGACAUUGGUUCUUUGGAAGCUCUACUGGAUAGAUUGUCCCUUCGGUUGGACUUGCCGAGAGGGGCGCGCCACAUCUUUUCGAUGGACGGUGAUCGAAAGAUUAGUCUCGAUGAACUUGAGGACGGUGCCUCCUACGUAGUAUCUAGCUAUAAGACCUUCAAGCCGGCCAGCUAUGGGAAGAAGAACACCACUUGGUACACUAGUCCGGCAGGCGGUGGAGGUAGUAGGAGCGGUACCACGGGGACCGGAAGUGGGAUUGGAGGGUGGCAAAGUAGACCGCCAGCAGUACCGAGUCUUAGCCGGAAAGCCUCCAUCACUGAAGAAGCACCACCUCCCGGUGGCGGAAAGCCUUCUUCGGGCCGUGUCAUUCGCAUCGUUAACAAUCAUGACCAUACUGUUCAGUGUCGCGUUUUAUUAAAUCUUCGUACAUCACAACCUUUCGAAGAAGUUCUAGAAGAUCUUGGACAAGUGUUGAAGAUGAACGGGGCUAAGAGGAUGUUUACUGUCUCGGGACAAGAGGUGAGAAGUUUUUCGCAAUUGAGGAACGAGUUUGCAGAUGUGGAUACAUUUUAUUUGGGUACUGGAUCGGCUCUUGUAAUGGCCGGCGUCACAGCAUCCCCGGUACGAAGAUCAAGGUCACGUGGACCAUCCACUGUCGUGGAAGAAGUUGGCCGUCAGAGAAGAGCUCGCAGCAAAAGCAGACCACGAGCCUUGUAUGCUCCUGACUCCGACGUUGUUCGAGUAAACGAUUAUAGCGUCGUAGAAGUGCUACGCGAAGAACCAGCUAGAGUGACGAUCAGAGGACUUAGACGAUCAUUCUAUCCUCCUUCUCAUCUGCCCCCAGUUGAUAAUUCGCCGCCUGAGAAGAAGUUACAACUAGAAUGGGUUUAUGGCUAUCGGGGAACCGACACUCGUAAAAAUUUAUGGGUUUUACCUAGUGGCGAAUUAUUGUAUUAUGUCGCGGCCGUGGCAAUACUUUUCGAUCGAGAAGAGAAUGCGCAACGACACUAUAUUGGACACACAGAAGACAUUAUGUGCAUGGAGGUUCAUCCUAGCAGAGAACUUGUCGCAUCCGGGCAAAAGGCGGGCAGACAUAGAAAGGCACAGCCGCAUGUUCGUAUAUGGUCAACGGAGACCCUUCUCACUCUAUAUGUAUUUGGAAUGACCGAAUUUCAAAUGGGUGUCUCAGCAUUAGCAUUUUCACAACUGAAUGGUGGCAGUUACGUACUUGCCGUGGAUUCUGGAAGAGAAGCUAUACUUUCGGUGUGGCAGUGGCAAUGGGGUCAUUUGUUAGGCAAGGUGGCGACUAUGCAAGAAGAUCUUACGGGUGCGGCAUUUCAUCCGUUGGAUGAUAAUCUCUUAAUAACACACGGACGUGGCCAUUUAACAUUCUGGAAUCGGCGAAAAGAUGGCUUCUUCGAGAGAACUGAUAUUAUCAAACCGCCGUCCCGUACACACGUGACGAGCAUUCAGUUCGAACAGGAUGGCGACGUUGUCACGGCCGACAGUGAUGGUUUUAUCACGGUAUACUCGGUAGACGCGGACGGGGCAUAUUUUGUACGAAUGGAAUUCGAAGCACAUAACAAGGGCAUUAGCUCUCUCGUCAUGUUAUCGGAAGGCACGCUCCUCUCUGGCGGUGAAAAAGAUAGGAAAAUAGCUGCUUGGGACUCGUUGCAGAAUUAUAAACGUAUCACCGAUACAAAGCUGCCAGAAUCGGUAGGUGGAGUUCGGAGCAUAUAUCCGCAACGUCCCGGACGGAAUGACGGAAACAUUUAUGUGGGAACUACGCGGAACAAUAUUCUUGAAGGUUCUCUGCAAAGAAGAUUCAAUCAAGUCGUAUUCGGCCACGGCAGACAAUUGUGGGGUCUGGCAGUUCAUCCUGACGAUGAGGUCUUUGCUACCGCCGGACAUGACAAAAAUAUCGCCCUCUGGCGAAGACAUAAGUUAUUAUGGACCACGCAGGUGGGUUUCGAGUGUAUAUGCAUAGCUUUCCAUCCAUUUGGCGUGGCAUUAGCGGCAGGAUCAUCGGAAGGCCAUCUUUUGGUACUCGCGGCUGAUACUGGUGCAGCCGUGGCGACUUUGAGAGUCUGCGGAUCGCCUCUAUCUUGCAUCGGAUACAAUCCUACUGGAGAAAUUGUGGCAAUGGGUUCUCAAAACGGUAGCGUGUAUCUCUUUAGAGUAUCUAGAGAUGGAUUUUCAUAUAAGAAGAGUAACAAGAUCCGUGGCACGCAACCAUUGAUGCAGCUUGAUUGGAGCUCUGACAGUCGCUUUCUCCAAACUGUCACUCAAGAUUAUGAUCUCUUGUUCUGGGACGUCAAGGUGUUAUCGUCCGAAAAAAGCCCAUUGGUUAUGAAAGAUGUCAAGUGGUACUCUCAUAACUGUACUGUCGGGUAUAUGACUUCUGGGCAAUGGAAUAACCGCUAUUAUCCAUUGACCACAGUUGUCACGACCUCCAGUAGAUCAGCAGCACAUGAUAUGCUGGUGAGUGGUGAUGCCGAAGGCUACCUUCGACUCUUCAGAUAUCCAUGUACUAGCGCCAAAGCUGAGUAUGUCGAGGAAAAGGUAUAUAGCUCGUUGGUGGCCUGUGCUAGGUUCCUCUACAACGACCAGAAUGUCGUCACUGUUGGUGGCACUGAUGCUGCCUUGAUGCUUUGGGAAUUGGUUGAUGAAUGAAAAGAUAGAUUCGUUAAAGAAUACUGUCCACUUACUGUCCAUGUUUAUUAAAUAUAAGGCGCUGGCGCCUUUUAGUAGAUUUUAAUCAUUCACGACAAGUAGAGCUCUUUUGUGGGUCAUUUGGUGAAUUUAACAUAAAAAUGUAAAUACGAGAAAGAAAUAGCUAUAAUUUGUUUUUCUAAUUUUAAUUAAAAAAUUUAAUAACAUUACACAUUUUAGAAGUUAAUUACGCAUUUUAGCACAGAAUCUAUAAUUCCAUUAUGAUAUUAUUUAUUCAAUUUAUAUUUGAUUUUAAUUUACUGUUUUAAUAUACAAAAUAUUUCAUUUUAUAUUAAUAAUAAUUUCAAGAAUAAAUAGUGCUGAAUUACAAUGACAAAGUUAUAUAAUACAAUAUAAAUGUGUGAAUUUCGUUUUUGUAAUUAAUAUUGCGAUUACUUUUAUUGUCUGAUUGUGUUAUGUUAGACAACAUAAAAUUACCAAUUUGUUCUAAAUAAUCUAUACAUUUCACGUUAUUUGUCCUUCAAAUCAUUUCAAUUUGUCUUCUCAAUACGCACAAUAUAGAUAAAAUGUAAAAUCAUUAUAAAUGUGUUGGAGAUAAUGAAACGACAAGACUAUACACUAAUCUUCGUUUGUCACAUAAUCUAUUAAAUUGUUGAAAAAUGACUAAAACUAAAAAAA